AAGCGCUUUAGGCCAUUUUUGUUCAUUUUAUCCUCGGUGUUUUAAACACACUUAAUGCGUAUUUACUAGUUACUCUAUUUAAUGUACUAUUUACGUGUUUAGCUAAGUAACACUCGGCUAAUGCUAACUAUCUUUCUAACAUCCUCGACCAUGAGUUCACUAAGCUACUCCCUCCCUGCUAAAGAAGAGGUGAAAGAAGCUCCCGUAAAAGAGGAGGAAGAAGAGGAGGCUGUUACAGUUAAACAAGAAGUAGAGGAUGAGGCUGUUACAGUGAAAGAAGAGGAGAAAGACGUGAAAGAGGAAGAAUUUACAGUGAAAGAAGAGGAAGAAUAUUUAAGAGUGAAAGAGGAGGAUGCAGUUUUUGGAAUGAAGGAGGAGGAGAUUACUGUCCCGUUGGAGGAGGAAGGGAAGACUGGAGAUCUGAUUAACACCAGAGAAAGACCAGACUCUGAGAAACCAGAGACGUCCAAACCAACAAGACGACACCACUGCUCCCACUGUGGAAUGAUGUUUAACCAGUUAAGGUGUCUGAAACGACAUGAGAGAAUACACACAGGGGAGAAGCCUUUCCAAUGCUUCCAGUGUGGAAAGUGUUUUUCCUUGUUAGCGAGCAUGAAAAGACAUGAGAGGACACACACAGGAGAGAAGCCUCAUCACUGCUCCCAGUGUGGAAAGAGUUUUUUCUCAUUAGGGUGCCUGAAAAGACAUGAGAUGAUACACACAGGGGAAAAACCUCAUCACUGCUCCCAGUGUGGAAAGAGUUUUAACCGGAAAGAAUACCUGAAAGAGCAUGAGAGAAUACACACAGGUGAGAAGCGAGAUAAAUCUUUCCAAUGCUCUAAGUGUGGAAAUAAUUUUUCCUUGUUAGCGAGCCUGAAAAUACAUGAUAGAAUACACACAGGGGAGAAGCCUCAUCAUUGCUCCCAGUGUGGAAAGAGUUUUAAGCUGAAAGGACAAUUGAAACAGCAUGAGAUAAUCCACACAGGGGAGAAGCCAUACCACUGCUCCCAAUGUGAAAAGAGUUUUUCCUGGUUGGGUCACAUGAGAAGACAUAAGAGAGUACACACAGGAGAUAAGGAUGUAGGCUGCUGAACAGUAGGACAUAGAACAGACAGUCGUGAAGAGGGCACGAGAAAGCCUAUUCCCCCUCAGGAGACUGAAAAGUUUUGACAUGAGUCCUCAGAUCCUCAAUAGGUUUUACAGCUGCACCAUAGAGAGCA